AUGAGGGUCUUUUCGUAUUGGGUCUUUCCCAUCAUAUCCGGCGUUGUGUGGCUCGCGACUCUCCUAGGACUACUGCUGCACUGGAUCAUCGACACACACAGGAAGAUAUACGGAUCCGAAGAUGGAGGCCAAACAAUCGCAUACAUUUCCGAUGUGGGAGCUGCCGAGCUGAAACCCUUAUUCGUCGCUGGCUGCAUUAUCACCACCAUUUUCCUCGACCUAGCCUUCGCAUGCGAUCGACUCCUACGCCACAAUGGUCGCUUGGUGCCAAACACGUCGGUCGGCGAGAAGGUCCUGAGCGGCUUGUCCAUUGUAUUUGCUAUCAUCGGUACCUUUGGUCUGUGCCUGCUUUCUGGCUUCGACACGGCGCACUACCCGACGCUGCACGAUAUUUUCCUGCUACUCUUUAUUGCCGGGUACCUGAUCUCGGCCGUCUUCAUCUGCUGGGAGUACCAACGUCUUGGAAAGAAAUACCGCCAGCACCGCGUCCUCCGCAUGUCCUUUUGGGUAAAGCUGACCUUCAUCAUCGUGGAGCUUGGGCUCGCCAUCGGCUUCGCCGUGUGCAACUUCCGCAAGGACUACAACCACGCCGCCAUCUUGGAGUGGGUAGUGGCCUUCGUCUUCACCUUCUACGUCUUCUCCUUCAUCAUCGACCUGUACCCGGCUGUGAAGACACGCAACGGAGACCGGUACUCGUUGCGGCCAAUGAACACGAACGACAUGGGUGAGGCCCUGCGCGAGGAGCACCCGAGCGUCUUCGGCCAGCCGCGCGACACCCGCGAUAGCGACCGUACGCUGACCAACGCGCACAAUGCCCCAGCACCGGCACACCACAACAAGGGGCGAAGCGCGCACACCGACUUCUAG